GUCAAAUCUCGUUCUGCGUACCCGUUAAGAGGCCGGCUGCUGCGCUCAAAAAGCUAUCGGGGCCAAUUUGGUUCGCGCGCAUAAUUGCGACGUCCCCGGCCGGCCCUUCAUCAAGCAAGCAGCGUUGCGCGUUGCAAGGGUUGCAUCAUGGAGAAUAACGAUGCCAAUGAGUCGCAAGGAAGUGGUCGACGAACCCGGCGUAAACCGACAGGAAGUAUGCCUGCAUGCUCAGAGGUUGCGUCUGCAGGGGACAAGCGACAAGGUUCAGAUGACCAUGCGGCCGAAAGCAGCGCCAGUGAUUCACGCCGCAUGGUCACUACUCCUCCCCCCUCUCGCCGCCGCUUCUCAUUGCCCGCAGGUCCGCCUCCUGCUCCAUCUGCAGGGCAGGGACGAUCCCCAGCACAUCACCCAGGUCGUGGCUCUAGGUUAGGAGGGCCACCCUGGGCCUCUUCGUCUGUCUUACCCUCCAAAGCCAUGGUGCCUACUCCCUUUGUUGUCGGUGGUAGUGGAAGCAGAAGCUCUCGACGUUCACAGUCCGCGCAAUGCAGGCUGCCGGGACAGCCAAACAGCAGACACCUAUCACAAGAGCCGAUACCACCUUAUCCAACCUCACAGCCCGGAUCACGUGGACUGAUAGCGUCCCAUCGCCCCUAUUCACGGAGCCCUUUAAUAUCUACAGGGAGGCCUAGCAGACGUUCGAGCAGUUUCCAAGAUCUGCCGCCACCACCAUCUUCAUCGAGCAUCGCCACUGUUCCCAUAGCUGGGCUGAUCCACAAUGGAGUCCCCGGCCCACCCAUGCUGCGCCCCGUAACACAGCCGGCUUCCUCAAUAUCCAGCCUUGAGAUCACAUCUGUUUCAAACACUGAGCCUUCCCCUCAUCCUCGUGCUAGCACUACGCCUCGACCCCCUGCUGCAUCCAAUUUCGACAAUAGGUGAUUUCAUUUUCCAAUUUGUCUCCGAACGUUUGUUGACUUAGUGCGGUUGCAUGGCAGAGUGUACGUUCUCCGAGUCGCCCAAGAACCAACGA